UAUAGCCCUAUGAGGCUUGAAACAUUUUUUUUAUUUUUAUUUUUUAAUUUAUAAAAAACCUCUUAUAAAUGCACAAAUUAGAUAAUUGCCUCAAUGAACAAUCCAAAGCAAAUACAAAGUAAUGGUAGGCUCCAACUUUGGAAUAAUGGUUUAAUGACUCCACCAUUGACUAAUAGGUAGUGGUCUUCGUCUUCUUCCUUUUUCAUUCUUCCAAAAGCACACCCACAGAGAACAAUUAUUUAAUCGGUGAUUGCCUCAAUGAUCAAUCCAGCCUACUUAAAUGACUAAUAGAUAUUUGUCUUCUUUCUUUCUUUCCCUCCCAUCUUCCAAAAACACAGAGAGAAUGGCUAUUCAAUUGGUGCUGCAAAUCGCAAUAUUGUUGUGGCUAACACUAACAGAAUCAUUAGCUGCAUCACUAGCAAAGCCUGGUUGUUCAGACAAAUGCGGAAAUAUUACCAUUCCAUACCCAUUUGGUAUUGGACCCAAUUGUUUUGUUAAUGUUGAGCCUGACUCGUAUUACUCGUUUGAGAUAAUCUGCAACAAAUCUUUCACCCCACCCAAACCAUUCAUCACUAGCAGUAGGAUAAACCUUGAGGUGCUUGAAAUCUCAUUGACAGAAGGCACUGUUCGUGUCAACAACCCGUUGAUCACUUCUAAUUGUAGUAACAGGGUUAAUAAUCAAGCUGUGGACUUGACUGGUACUCCCUUUUCCUUCUCAGACACCAACAACCGAUUCACGGCCAUGGGUUGUGACAACCUCGCCUUAAUCGACUGGGCAGGAAUGGCCAUAGGGUGCGUGUCCAACUGCAAUUUUACUUCAAGAGAUAAAAGCUGCUAUGGCAUCAACUGCUGCCAAACCACAAUCCCUCCAUCACUCCAGUAUAUCAAUGCAUCAUUUAGAAGCAUAGAUUCAAACAAUCUCAGGCCCAGAAAUGAGUGCAAAUAUGCCUUUAUGGUGGAGCAAGAUUGGUUCACUAACCUGACCGACCCCUAUGAUGUGCAGAAAAUGGAGGUGGUCCCUGCUGUGCUGAGUUGGCGUACAUAUGACAUGUGCAAAUCAUUCGGAUCAUUAUGCGGUACUAGAGCUUAUCAAAAAUGCCUCCUUGGGGUGUCUAAUAGCUCACAAGUGUCUAAUACCUCAUUAUGCGGCACUAAUGCUUCCUGCAGUUCCAAUACCAAUCAAGGCUCAAGCUCUCUAUGCCAAUGUGACCGCGGCUAUGAAGGGAACCCAUAUCUGCCUCAUGGAUGCCAAGAUAUUGAUGAAUGUGCGAGGAGAGAGACCAAUCGCUGUGAAAAGAUCUGUGAGAAUACGCCUGGAAGUUACAAGUGCCGUUGUCCACCUGGGUACUUAUCUAUUGGAGCUGGUCGAUAUAGUUGCUAUAAAGUACCCAAGGUUAUUGAACCCAAGCAAAACAGAAAUGUGAUCAUUAUUCUAGGUACUGGAAUAGGUCUCGGAAUACUAUUUUUAAUUGGUACAUGGUGGAUGAUUAAACUGGUGAAAAGAAGAAGGAAAAUUAAGCUCCAGCAAAAAUUCUUUAAACGAAAUGGGGGUUUGUUACUACAACAACAAUUAUCUUCAGGUGAAGGUAAUGUUGAUAAAACCAAACUCUUCUCUUCAAAGGAGUUGGAAAAAGCCACUGACUACUUUAAUGAGAAUCGAAUACUAGGGCAAGGAGGCCAUGGUACUGUUUACAAAGGCAUGUUAAUAGAUGGUAAGAUUGUAGCGGUUAAGAAGUCCAAAAUAGUGGAUAAAGACCAACUUGAACAAUUUAUUAAUGAGGUGGUCAUUUUAUCACAAAUUAUCCAUAGAAAUAUAGUCAAGCUACAUGGAUGUUGUUUGGAGACUGAAGUACCUUUGCUUGUUUAUGAAUUCAUCCCUAAUGGAACUCUUUUCCAGUAUAUCCAUGACCAAAAUGAAGAGUUCCCUUUAUCCUGGGACAUUCGUAUUCGGAUUGCUAUAGAAGUUGCAGGAGCUCUUUCCUAUCUACACUCAGCUGCCUCCAUACCCAUUUAUCAUCGAGACAUCAAGUCCACAAACAUAUUGUUGGAUGAUAAAUACAGAGCAAAAGUGUCCGACUUUGGGACUUCAAGAUCACUUGCAGUUGAUCAAACUCACUUGACCACAAAAGUACAAGGGACCUUUGGAUACUUGGAUCCUGAGUACUUCCAAUCAAGUCAGUUUACAGAGAAAAGCGAUGUUUAUAGCUUUGGAGUAGUUCUUGUUGAGCUCUUAACAGGGCAAAAACCUAUCUCAUCAACCAUAUCUUUAGAAUGUCGAAGUUUAGCAACAUUUUUCCUAUUGACAAUGAAGGAGAAUCGUCUGUUUGAUAUUCUUGAUGCUCGAGUUGUGAAAGAAGGUGGGAAAGAAGAGAUCAUGCGAGUUGCUAAUCUUGCAAAACGAUGCUUGAACUUGAAUGGGAGGAAAAGGCCAACAAUGAAAGAAGUUGCAACAGAGUUGGAAGCGAUUAGAAUGCCACAUGGAGCAUCCAAUAUUCAACAAAACUAUGAAGAGGUUGAAUUUGCAGUAGUUGACGUCACUGGGCCUUCAGAUGUUGGUUCAACUUCGACGAGUUUUUAUCAAGAUAGUAGUGUAUCAUCAUCGUUAGAUGUCCAAUAUCUAUUAUCAAAGUAAAUAUGGUGGUUAAGGUUUUGUUUUUUUUCCAUAUAUUACAUAUCCUAGUUUGAAUAAUAGUGUAUAAGCACCGGAAGAUAUUCCUACUUCUGGUGUUUAAGAAAUUAUGAUCAGCAAGAAAAUUUUAAUGUACUCUAUAUUAUUUAC